UAUCUGCGGAAAUUACUUACAAGUACAAUAAAAUAAAGACAAUUCUAAUCCAAUCCCUAAUGCUUUCGUUCCUUCCCCAAUUCAAAGUCCUUUUCGUUAUUCCAUUCCACCGCAGUUUUCCUUGAAGUUUUCAAAUUCUGGUCUCCAAUUUCACUUUCCCCUCCGCCAUGUAUAUAAACAGAUAGAAACUAUAAGGAUACUUUUUUGCAGCUGUGGAUCCAUGGCGACAUCUUUGUCUUCUAUGGUGGUGUUUGGAGUGACAUCAUCAUCAACUUUGAAAGAUAAGGGCUUCAGAAAUGUGCCAACUCUGCUUAAUUCUCACAGACCAUGCGGUUUAAACAGCGUUGUAUUAUCACCUCAUCAUUUUAAUGUUGCUUCUCACCGAUGGCCCUCCAGAAGUUCAUUUAGUGUCCGAGCGACUGUGCUCCAAGAGGACGAAGAAAAAUUGGCUGUCGAGCAUUCAUUUCCUUCAAGAAGUUCACCUGGAACUGGAGGGCGAGACGAUGGGGACCCACCAGAAAAUUCCUCAUCUGAUGGCUUGCAGAAAUGGGUGAUAAAGAUUGAACAAUCCAUUAAUAUCUUUCUAACUGACACAGUCAUAAAGAUUCUUGACACUUUGUAUCAUGAUCGGCAUUAUGCAAGGUUCUUCGUUCUGGAAACUAUUGCAAGAGUUCCCUACUUUGCUUUUAUGUCUGUACUUCAUAUGUAUGAGAGUUUUGGUUGGUGGAGAAGGGCGGAUUACUUGAAAGUACAUUUUGCUGAGAGCUGGAAUGAGAUGCACCAUCUGCUCAUAAUGGAGGAAUUAGGUGGAAAUGAGUGGUGGUUUGACCGUUUUCUUGCCCAACAUAUUGCAAUCUUCUACUACAUUAUGACUGUCUUCAUGUAUGCCUUGAGCCCAAGGAUGGCAUAUCAUUUCUCAGAAUGUGUUGAAAGCCAUGCAUUUGAAACCUAUGAUAAAUUUAUCAAGGAUCAAGGAGAGGACUUGAAGAAUCUACCACCUUCAAAGGUUGCUGUCAAAUAUUACACCGAUGGUGACAUGUACUUGUUUGAUGAAUUUCAGACUGCUAGACUGCCAAACACUCGAAGACCAAAAAUAGGUAAGGGCCAAUUCACCAAUCUGUUCAUUUUUAUCGUAUUUUUCCCCUUAAUCAUAGCUUGAAAUAUUCAACUGCAUCAUAAUCUGCCAUCAUUCACAACUAUAACUAAGAAAAGCAGCACAUGAAUCUGAUGACUUGGUUCGUAGUCAUAGGUGGACCCCUUAGAACUUAACAACUUAAUGUAUCUUUAAUGCCUGUUUCGCAGAAAACUUGUAUGAUGUUUUCCUGAACAUCAGAGAUGAUGAAGCAGAGCAUUGUAAGACCAUGAAGGCCUGCCAAGUCCAUGGGAGCCUCAGGUCUCCUCACUCAUAUACGACAGGUGAUGCCGUUGAGGAGGAUGAUUUAGGUGGUUGUGUGCUGCCUGAGAUUGACUGUGAAGGUAUUGUAGAUUGUAUAACCAAGUCUGUUUCGGACUCCAAGUAAACCCGAGCGAUAGUAAAUAGUCAUACGUAAUAUUGUAAACCGAUCAAUGUAAAAAUUGACACGGAAAUACAACAAUGAUAGAUUAUGUUAAACAAUACAGAACACGAUAAAAGUGGAGUUCUUUUUCUUAAAGAGAUGAGGCUGUGCUGUAUUUUAGUAGUAGUUUGUUUUAAGAGACUGCUCACAUGAUAUUCGCAUAAAAGCAAGACUUGGUCGGGGAACACAUGUUGUGCAAGUUGCUAGGAACGUCAUUCUUUGUAUGUUUUUCAUGUGAAUUGGAUGAACCAUUUUUCCAGCAACGUGUGUUCCUGUCAACCUUGAAAACUUUGUUACUUUUACCAGCAGUUUGAAGUUUCUGGAUAGAUUUCAACCCAAUAGAAAGAAGAUCAUCUGAGUAUGAUGUAUCGUCAUUUCGACACACAAAGUUAUUUUAUUCAAAAUGUAUGAAACGGAGCAUCAGUUUUUUUUUUUUUUUUUUUUGGGCCCAAACUUGCCGCCUCUAAUACUCUGGUUUUGGAAACUUUCUCCAAAUCUGGUAAGUUGUGAGGCGUUUCCAGCAAAACGUACGUACACGGUCUGGGCACCCGCCCUGGUUUGCUGACAGCCGUAGUUUCUUUUUCUGGAAUUCAAAGACUCUUUGUGUUGACAGGCAAGACUUGCCAAUGGAUUUGUUAUCUUGUUUUGU